GUAGCCAAUCAAAUCAAAUCAAACACAUAAAACACAAGAACUAGAGCAAAAUAUGCCAAAUUGGAUAGUCUUUCUGCCCCGCCAAAUUCUCCAUUAAUCCGUUCAUAUCGCCAUUUCUGCAAACAUUUACAGAGGAAUGUGUAACUGAGCAAGGAGGCCCAGGUGAACUCCAUGAAGAAAUAUCAACUUAUACUCUUUUUGUUAUUUGUUGGCUUUGCUUUGUCAUCAAUAUUACUUCUGAUUUAUCUCGAACCGGAGGAGAUUAGCUUCCAAGAGUUUAAAAACAAGCUACUUGAACCUGGUCUUGUUGAUCGAAUUGUCGUUGCUAACAAAGAUGUAGCCAGAGUUUAUGUAAGGAGUUCUUCACCUGGUAAUAAUCAAACUGAUGAUGACACCGUUCAAGGUCCUACAAGUGGUACAAAUGGUAAUAGAAACAUUAGCAACCACAAAUACUCUUUUAACAUUGGGAGUGUUGAGUCAUUUGAGCAGAAGCUGAAGGAAGCACAAGAAGCCUGGGGAAUAGACUCUAAUAAUUUUGUCUCUGUGGUAUAUGUUAAUGAGUUGGAUUGGUUCCCAGAACUGAUGAAGUGUGGUUUAACCCUGUUGCUUCUAGCUAUCCUUUAUUAUAUGGAUUUUGGAGGUGCUCGUGGAAUACUUAAUAUUGGUAAAGCGCAUUUCACAAAGAUGGACAAAAAUGCAAAGAAUAAGGUCUUCUUCAAGGAUGUGGCUGGAUGUGACGAGGCUAAGCAAGAAAUUAUGGACUUCGUCCACUUCCUUAAGAAUCCCAAAAAAUACGAGGAGCUAGGAGCCAAAAUUCCUAAGGGUGCUCUUCUAGUUGGUCCUCCUGGGACUGGAAAGACACUUUUAGCUAAAGCUACAGCUGGAGAAGCUGGCGUACCUUUUCUCUCGAUUUCUGGGUCAGAAUUUGUGCAGAUGUUUGUUGGUGUUGGUCCAGCUAGAGUUAGGAGCUUAUUUCGGGAGGCAAGACGUUGUGCACCUAGUAUAAUUUUCAUCGACGAGAUCGAUGCAGUAGGUGGAACAAGAGGGAAGGGACGCUAUUCUGGAGGAAACGAUGAACGUGAGGGUACUUUAAACCACCUGCUUGUAGAAAUGGACGGAUUUGCAACCACAUCUGGUGUAGUUGUACUCGCUGGCACAAAUAGACUUGAUAUAUUAGACAAAGCCUUGUUAAGGCCUGGUCGUUUUGAUCGCCAGAUUACCAUUGACAAGCCAGACAUAAAAGGUCGUGAACAGAUUUUCAGAAUCUAUCUGAACAAGUUGAAACUUGACCAGGAGGCAGCGUUCUAUUCACAGAGGUUUGCUGCUCUAACACCAGGAUUUGCUGGAGCAGACAUUGCGAAUGUUUGUAAUGAAGCUGCUUUGUUUGCUGCUAGGAGUGAGAGUACCACAAUCAAAAUGCAUCAUUUCGAGGCAGCAAUAGACAGGGUGAUUGGGGGUCUAGAGAAGAAGAACAAGGUCAUAAGCAAACUGGAAAGGAGGACAAUUGCGUAUCAUGAAUCCGGCCAUGCUGUUGCUGGUUGGUUCUUGGAACAUGCAGAACCAUUACUUAAAGUGACAAUUAUUCCUCGUGGAACAGCAGCAUUAGGAUUUGCUCAAUAUGUUCCCAAUGAAAAUCUUUUAAUGACUAAGGAGCAGCUAUUUGAUAUGACAUGCAUGACUCUUGGUGGCCGAGCUGCUGAGCAGGUUUUGAUUGGAAAGAUCUCAACUGGAGCUCAAGAUGAUUUGGAGAAAGUAACCAAGAUGACAUAUGCUCAGGUAGCUGUCUAUGGUUUCAGUGACAAGGUUGGUCUUCUUUCUUUUCCGCAAAGAGAUGAUACAUUUGAGACAUCAAAGCCCUACAGUAGCAAGACUGCAGCAAUUAUUGACGAUGAAGUUAGAGAAUGGAUCGCCAAGGCAUAUGAUCGUACCCUACAGCUUAUAGAGGAACACAGAGAACAUGUAGCUCAGAUUGCAGAAUUGCUACUUGAAAAGGAGGUCCUUCAUCAAGAAGAUCUGGUCCAGGUAUUGGGUGAACGCUCAUUUGAGAAUAGUGAGCUUACAAACUAUAACAGGUUCAAGCAAGGAUUCGAAGAAGAGAACAGAGAAAUUAAAGAUAUCCCUAAGGACAAGACAGCACAAGAUAAUCAAUCCUCUUCUGAGGGAUCAGAGGUUGUCCCAAUCAGUGUUGUCAAAGGUGAAAACGCGCGAAAAGGCAUUGAAAAAGACACAAGGUACAUCGGGGCUUUAAGUGUAAAGCGCAAAUGUGCAUUUAAAGGAUGGGUUCUAGUAAAGAAAGGUGCAGUGAAGAAAAAACAAUUAUAGAAAAAAAAAUUAUUGAAAAAAAACCUGAAAUCAAAUGUAAUAUAUGAAGUACAAAGCAUGUCUGUCAAGUUCAAAAGCCAAUUUAAACUUUGAUUUAUA